AACAACAGCAGCAGCAACAACAGCAGCAGGAACAGCAGCAGCAACAGCAACAACAGCAGGAACACCCGCAGCAACGGCAGCAACGGCAGCAACAGCAACAACAGCAGCAGCAAAAGCAACAACAGCAACAGCAGCAGCAACAGCAACAACAGCAGCAGCAACAACAAAAACAGCAGCAACAGCAUCAUUAAGAACAGCUGCAGCAACAGCAAAAAAGCAGCAACAACACCAGCAGCAGAAACAGCAACAACACCAGCAGCUGAAACAGCAACAGCAUGCACAGCAGUUGCAGGAACAGCAGCAGCAACAAUAGCAUCAUUAGCUGCAGCAGCAACAGCAGCAGGAACAGCAACAGCAACAAUAGCAGCAUUAGCUGCAGGCAGCAACAGCAGCAACAGAAGCAGCAAUAACACCAGCAGCAGAAACAGCAAUAGCAGCAGCAAUAGCAACAGCAGAACAGCAGACAGCAACAGCAGCAACAAGACCAGCAACAACACAAGCAGCAGCAACAGCAGGAACAGCAGUAUCAACAACAACAGCAGCAGGAGCAACAGCAGGAACAGCAACAACAGCAGCAACAAACAGCAACACCAGCAGCAGCAACAACUGCACAGUAGCAGCAACAACGGCAUAAGCAACAACAGCAGCAGAAACAGCAGCAGCAACAGCAGCAGCGGCAACAACAGCAGUAGUGGCAACAGCUGCAGUUGUGGCAACUGCAGCAAUAGCAGCAGAAACAACAGCAGCAUGCAUUGGUGUGCCUUCCACACCUUCGUGAGUUCGAUGCUGGUUGGAAUCAAUCCCAAACAGUGCACCAGUGUUGAUUUUGCUAUUGGUUGA